CCACCAGAUAUCCCCCUCACGUCAGCUCUCACGUCAUCCGUCCCAGACGACGAGCUAAACGGGCGUUAUUACCGUCAGGGGCCUUGUGGGUCACAUAACAUUUUAUAAAGAAAAAAAACAUUUUUUUUCCACCUGGAGGGACAACCUCAUCAUGGCGGAGACGGUGGUAAUGUCCAAGGAUAUAUCGAUGGGCGACAAGAUCCUAGUUACCGUCGAGUCUGCACUACCAGACAUUAUUGUCGUCAGCUUUGACCACGGGGUCAAGUCAUUCCAGGGAGCACUACUUGAUGCCACCAAGAGAGGACUACCCUGUGGUGUCCAGCCCCCAGAGCCCCUACCAGGACCGGAUGGCGACAAAUUGGCGACAAUAGCAGCACGUUUUAGUUAUUUUCAAGACAAAAAGAUAAAGAAUGUCAUAAAUAAAAUUGACUUGAGAAGAAGUAUAAAUCCUCCUGCUAGAUACAAAAAUGCAAGGCCAACAGUUAGAUUACGUCCACGUCAAGUGCUGUGUAAUAAUUGUCGAUCAAUUUGCAAUGAGAAAAGUGAGAAUAUGGAUAUCGGCAAAAAACGCAAACUAAACGACAGAGUUAUCGAUCCAGACAUUGUGUUGAGGCGUAGUGAGCGACGUUGUGUUCAACAGACUGAUAAAAAUAGAAGUAGCGAUGAUAUAAUGGAUAGUGUGCCAUCACUGAUACCGAAAAUUUCGAGACUGCAGAAGCCAGAUGAUAAGAGUGAGGGGAAUAUGAAUGUCGCAGCUUGUUGGCUACGAUCAAGACCUGGAGAGUGGAAUCCAGGUGAUGAGAGCCAGAGAAAUCAUUGUGGUACAUCUGAUAUUGAACCAUCAGAGUCAACAAUGCCCGAGGGUGGUGCUAAUGUCGCAUUUCGUGCUACACCACGUCGUCUAAGCAGUUCGUCAGUGGAGAGUGCAAAAAUACCGGAGGGUGAGGACGAUGAGGACGAUGAGAAAGAUAAGGAAAGAACACUGAUGGCUGCAGCAGAUUCAACCGUGAAGUCUAAAAAUACGGGAAGGGUAUCGAGGAAGAAGAGGUCGGUUGGCUCCAUGGAGGAUCUGUGGGAUGAAACGAUAUUCGAGGAUAAUGGGAGGAAUACGAGAGCUACGCCCAUCAUAAAAAUAUCGUUUGGGGCACAGGGGGAGGGUACGGUACUCAAGAUACCUUCGAAGAUUAAGAAUUCGAUUGGUGAGUCCGAGGGGGAGAAUGAGGAGGCUCACGGUGGGAAGUUUGAGGGGCCCAAGAUCGAUGAGGAUGGACUGCAGGAGCAACUGGAUCCACAGAAACAAAAUUCGGGAAAGGAUUCAGCAUGUGCCAAAGCGGCUAAAAGAGCACUUAAGAGGGCUAAGAAAGAGGCUAGGAGGAAGAUGCUUGGGGGUGGAAGUGGUGGUUCACCUGGUAGAUCGCCGUUGAGCACUUCGCCUAGGUACAAUCCGUCCUAUGAUCCAUUGGCGUAUCAUCGCCGUAAGCACAAGGUUAAGCAUAAAAAGAAACACAAGGAGGAACGCAAACACAAGAAUCAACAGUUGAAUGAUGAUGCCAAAGAUUCAACUCUACUUAAUGGAUUACCAAGUGGUGAAUCGUAUACAGCUAUUAAGGAGCAAUGUUUGAAGCAGAAAUUAUCGAUAUCGUUAAAACGAUUGAAUACUAAUGCUUAUGCAAGGUGUGAUUAUCCGGUUAGUAAUGCAUCGUCCGGGUGCAAGAGCCCUGGGGCUAGUUCUGAGGAGCUGAGUGAAGUUGAGCAGGAACAUCAGUUGGGCCAUGAGGGUGAGGCUAAUGAGAAUACACCGGAUUUUCCACCGCCUGCACAUCCACUCGCAUUGAGAUUAGCUGCUACACCGGUUGCUCAUUGCUUGACGGCCAGUGGACGCAGAAUGGAUGUUGGGGAUGUUGUAUGGGGGAAGAUUCAUGGAUUUCCUUGGUGGCCGGGGAAGGUCCUGAGCAUAUCCAUGUCCUGCAAGGAAGACGGUGCAUCACCAGAGGCCCAGGCCCACGUCGCUUGGUAUGGCUCGUCCACGUGUUCAUUGAUGUCUUGUGAUCGACUCAGUCCAUUCCUCGAGACCUUUAAGGCUCGUUACAACAAAAAAAAGAGAGGCCCCUACAAAGAAGCCAUUAGGCAGGCGCAAACCGAGGCACGCAGUCAAAUAACACCAAACUCAACGAAUGAUGUUCUGAAAGUGUGUGGUUCACCGCGUGAGGUCAAUGUACUAUCCUGAGAUAAAAAAAUAUUUAAUAUUCGGGCAAUUCGUCACUGCCGUCUACCACCUCGCAAGAGGUAAACUUGACACAAGGUCGAAUUUAUUAUUGUAAUAUAAUGUUUUUGUAUAUAAGUUAAUUGAAGUUGUGAUGAACGCAUUAAUGUUCUCAAAGUAUUUGUUUUCAUUAGAAGCCGUAUCUGAGGCAUUUUUUGAUUAGUUUGAAGUGUAAUUGAUUGAUUGCUUGAGGGGAAACAAAUUUAAGUUUUGAAAAUUGUGGAAUGUUCAGUGUCAGUUUUCAAAUUAGAAAAUUCAUUCGUUUUAUCAUAAUUUGAAUGGACAUGCCAUCUCUUUCAUCAUCAAACGAGCUUCUGAGGCGACUUUGAAAUCGAAUUUGAAAGUGUCGUCAGGUGAUGAUUUUUCUACGCAUUUUUACACGAGUGUGGUACUUGCCCUUAUCUCAUGCCAAGAAAGUACAGUUAUCACUUUGAAAUAGAACAGGACGGAGUAAAGUUCUCGGUAAAAAAUUCCAUUCUAAUAGAAUUAUUUAUAUCUUCACACGUAAAAUACUGGGUCUGGAGUUUUUAUUUUUUUGUCGCGGAUUUUGUGAAGUUAAAAAGAUCAAAAAAAAAUUUAGAGCUUCCUAGUGAUGUUCAAUUUAAUUUUUUCAUCUAAAUUAUGAUUGAUCCCACGUGACUAUUGUUUACUUGAAGCAUCUAAAAACAUACAUGGAACAUGAAAAUCGACAAUUGGUUCCUGUGAUUUUUAAAACUUACUGGUCUUCCCUCAACGACGGAUGCAAUUUAAAAAAAUGUGCCGUUUUCCUGUUCUUCAGAAUGAAGUAAUAAUUUUAUUGUUUUCUGUUACUGUUAAUAUUGUUCAUUUGCUGGAUUGAUUUUUCAAUUCUCAAAAUCAAUGUUUCGCCUUUCAUUAGUGAUAAUUCUCUGAGGAAGAAAUUCGUCUCGUUUUUCUUUUCAUAUGCUUCAUACUUAUACUGCCGAAAUAAUUACUACUGAUGGAACAGGUCGCCAAGAUAAUACGCACAGUUUUUUUUCAUUAUUUCAUUAUUUCAACUGUAAGAGAAGAAAUAGUAGGAAAUGUCGUUUGUAAAUACUCAGCAGUAAGGGACAAUCGUACGAUCAGAUAGAAAGUUCAAAUCCAUUUUUUAAUGAAGAAAUACGUUAUCUGAUGAUUACGUACAUCUAGAAAUGAAUGAUUUUGGAAGAAUAAAAUAAUUACCAAUCACUUGUACGGUAUUUCACUUCGUAAUUGGAAUGAAUCCACUAUAAUUACGGAUAUUAAUGAAGAGAGAACGAUAAGAAAAGAGUUAAUUCGUGUUUUUUUAGUAUAACUGUGAUGAUUUUUUCAAAUAUUUUGUACUAGAAAGUAAUUAUUCUGCGCAUAAACCAUGUUCUAAUGUCGCUGUGUUUAUACAAAAGAAACGAAAAUCUACGAAACGUACGUAGGAUCAUUAUUAGCAUUAAACAUAUCGUGAAUUUGCGUAAUUCAUUGCGGAACUGUAGUUCAUAGUGCGAUAAAUAUUAUUUUUUAUUAUGCCUGUUAAUUGAAUUUUGAGUGAUAAGUUUAACAGAGAGAAAGAGAAAACAAAAAAUACAAACAGUACUAUUCAUUCCGCAGGAACAAGUCUCUUAGGGAGGCGUAGAUUUAUACAAGAAUAAACUUGGACGGUAAUGCGCGUUCUCUAUUUUCCAAAAAUUAAUUAGCGGCCUUUUGAAAUGAAGGAAAAGAGUUGCAGAACUGGCUAACGCAGACCCGUGAACCGUCUUCCAUUAAAAGAAUGUGAAAACAUAAUAAAUUUAACGUUUUUUUUUUAAGAUUGUGGAGUGGAUUGUUCAGAGCAAUGUAAACCAUACGGCAAAAAUUGAUGGAAAAGUCCACCUGUAUUUAAGUUUUACUGAUUUCUAUUGAAACAAGAAGCUUGAAGUGGCGGAAUUAUUCAAUAAAAUCAAUUAAAAUCUAAUGGGAAGUUGAAUAAGGAGCCAAUAGGAUUUUACAUCGUAUUUAUUAGCUUUACUUGAAAAAGAAUUUUAUGCCUGCGAAUUAAUAAAUUGAAAUUACAAGAAUUUGACCAACUUCGAUUUAUGUAACGUCAAAAUUUCAUCGAAUCAUGAAAAAAUGUCAUUGACACAAUUCUUUGGAAUAAUCUAACAGAAUUAAUGAGAUUAGAGAAGUACAUGCGCAUGAAGAAAUUCAUGAAGUCGUAUUCGAUAAAUAAAAAUGAUCCAAUUACUGGGUAAUCCACUCUGAAACAUACAAUUUAAAUAUUCCCAGUGAAAAUUUUCGAUGGAAGCUCUCUAAAAUUCAAAAUGCUGAUGAAUUCCUAGAUUUUUUAUGAGAAUUACAGAAAAAUAGGACUGAAUUUUUUUACAUGAAAAUUUUUUUUGUACGAGUAGUCUUUCAAGUCGGACAAUGCUGCAGGAGUUCAAGUAUUUUUGCUAGAUUUUAAUUCUUCGGAUUGAAGUAAAAAGAUUUGAUUGCUGGCAUUCGUGGAUAACAUCAAUAGAAUUCCAAUAUUUUACGUGAAAGCACAACUGAAGUCUUUCAUCUUAUUCAUCGAGGUGGUUACAUCCACUUCCGCUCAUAAAAUUUAACGAUGGAGUCAUGAAAAGACUGGAUAGGAAAAAGUUCUCAUGGUUUCUCACGAAUCUAUUACGGAUAAAAAUUCAAUUUCAAGUGGCCCUGAACUAAAUUUCGUUAUGCAAGUUGAUCUUUCUCCCAAGGAUGAACUCUGAAAAGGCCUCUUGUUCUUUUGAAACAGCUUGUACAGUAUAAGAGCCCUGAACAGGGUUUUUGCGAUUUAUCACUAUUCAUCUUAAAAUCCUGGCAAUUCAGAAGUAUGACUUGAAUUUUAAGAGCCUGGUAGAGAAACUUACAUUAAUUCACUAUUAAAUUUUUCGGAUAAAACGAUAAGUCAAUAAAAAAUUACAGUAUCUCAAGUGAAAAAUCAAUAAUAGUAGAUUGAUAUCCUGAUAAUGAUUCCUUACUGUCCAAUUAUCUUGGACUCAGAGUAGAAUAACAUGACACAGAUGGUAAUAUUAUCGCCGUGUGAUGUAAAAAAAUUGCAAUUUUGUCACUUGAAAUACCAUAGUUUUUGACAUACGGAGAGAAAUUCCUGAAAAAAAUUGUAGUCCUGUUGAAUGAAAUUCCGAAUGCCCAGGAGUUUUCAUAGGAAUUCGGGAGGAGAUAACGUCCAAUAAAAUUAUAUAUCUCGAUUUGAAUUUUUCUCAGCAAUUUUCCUCCAGAAUGCAAGUAAAAAUUGCUGAUUAAUAACUAGAAUUUUGAAGUGCUUUCCAAUAAUAAUUUCACUUGGUCCAUCAAAAUUAUCAUUGGGAUAACAUCGCUCACCUCAAUCUAACGAAACCAAUAAAACGAAAACAGUGUGUUCUCUGCUACAAAUUAACUCUUGCAAAUUAACUCGAAAAACCUGACUGGAGGUGCACGGCCUUGGGGCGAUUUUUACGUGUAAAUCAAUAAAAAGAAAAAUAUACUUUGUUUCACUGUCUAAAACAA